AGGUCUUACGAUAUACACAUGAACUUACGCAGGCUAUCUCUGACAUUCCGGUCUUGAGCUCACCUCCCAACAGCAAUGUGUCCAUCGUUGCGAACGCUAUUCUACAGUGUCAGCUCAAAGACAUUCCAUGGCCUGAAUUCGCGAGGAUGUAUCACUGGCUUCUCUGAGCCUUACUCGCAUCAUCAUGUUACAACAACCCAGUUCCCAAGACGUCAUCAUGAGCUGUUCCGAAUCCACUAUUGGCCUGAUUGAGUGCUGUCUACCCAUCAUGCGAGACAAAUGUCUACGCUCGAGUAAUGUUGAGCCUUGGUGCUACGUGACGAUUUGUGCUUGUUUAUCGCUUCUCGAGGUUCACUUAGGCAAAUGCGAUCAUGCAACAGCCAAAUACUCGUGCGCGCAAAAGUUUUUGGACGUCUUCAAAAAGAACACUUUGGCAGGCUUCCAACCUUUGCUCACUCCGCAGGAUGUACCGCAACCUGCGCCACUGACACAAGCUGAGGACGACGCUUCGGCAUCAAGUUGGCUUGAGACUGACAUCUUCGACUCUGACGUCGCCUCUUUUAAUCACGUGAUGGACUUGGAGGGGAUGUACAAUGUCUGAGCGAAGUGGCGAUCGUUCUCGCGUCGAAGCGAAGCGCGUUUGAGAUCAUCGAGCACAAGAACUCGUGUUAAACGAGGUUCAGUAUCCGGAAUCCCCAUGCUAAAAAACCCAAGAUUGAACACGCGCGGAUGGCCGAAUUAUGAG